UAGGAGAACAUAUAUUAACUUGUACGAAGCGUGAAGAACGAACAGUUGAGCAUUAACUACGUUACCGAACGGUUGCUAAAACCCCAAGCUAUACAAAAGCUAAGUGAGAAAAAAAUCCUUUGUUAUAAAAGAAAAUCCCAGUCUACAGCAAUUACACAAGAGCUCGGGAAGAUUUUUCAAAUUUUCUUCCUUGAAAUUUUUAUGAAUAAAAUAAUUAAAAUAUCACGGGAAUAACAAAACAAAGUAGACGCCAAUAAAGGAAACACAUUGAAAUUAACACUUUCGAGUGUUAAUUUGUAUUUCUUAACAAAAAAAAAAAUAUUUUUUCCUACUAAAAAAUAUCUCAUAACGAAAAAAAACCAACAGCUACUUUUACUGAAACGCGAAAUUGUACGUUUGGAAGGUCAACUAAGCCUGUUUUUCUGGCAGGAAAACGUAUUUAAUCCCCCCUGGAAGACCUAGGGAUAUUAAUUUAUUGAUUUAUAACAAAAAUUCUAAACAACAUAACGGUAUAAUAAAAAAAAACAAUCAUACGACGACAAACGUAUACACAAAUAGUCCAGGUAUCCUAACAUACGACCAAUUUGCCGAACAGCCAAACCAAAGAAAAAACAAAGAUAAACGAACCAGGCUAAUAGCAUUCUGUUAAAGAGAGCGUGAGAGAAAACGGAAGUAGACGUAGUGACAAAGUCACUCACCACCACUCUUCCUCGUUGUGGUUGCACCAGAAAAAAACGGCUGUCAAAACAAAAACAACGCCAAGCAAAUUGUCAUCAUUAUCGUCGUCUCAACCUCUGACAAGGACAAUAAUUAUCCUUAUACAACACUGCAGCAUCACAAAUCUCCGAACUAACCCAAUAACCUAAAAAAGAAGCAGGCUUGGCGAGACUAGACCGUAACCUCAACCUCAUUUGCAAAAAUGUUACCAUAAAUCGAGAGUUGGCGUUUGCUUUCAGCAUUUUCUGUAUGUUUGGUUUAAAGUUUCUACAUUUCGUUUUGUUAUUUUAAAAGAAAAUAAACAACAACAGCAGCAGGAAACAAAAAAAAUUUCCCUACGAAACAAGUGCCAAAUAUAUAUUUGUAUAAUUUUUGUACUAAAAACUAAAACGAGAUUUUUUGUACCACACUGUCGUUAAGCAAAAACAGUGUAACAACUACCCAACAAAGACGACCAAUUAUUCCUCCUAUUGUUUUGUUUUUUUGUCUAAUCUAAUAAUAAAAAACACCCAAAAACAGCAGAAAAGAAAUAAAUAAAUACGAAACAUCGCAAAAAAGGAAGUUCCGAUUCAACGCAUCAAGCACUUUUAAGUGCCUGAGCGAAACAAAACCAAAAAAUACAUAUAUAAAUUGCUAUAGUUGUUCUUGUUGCUGAAUCUUCAAUUUCUUCUAUAGUAGCUGCAUAUUCGAAUUUCUUUCUCUACACAAGAAAUCCAAAUAAAAAAUCACAAAAUUCCGCCGUCUAUCGCAUUUGCGUUUGCGAAACUAUUUUCUGGCGGCCUCAAGCGUAGCAGAUUUAAACCAAUGCAUUUAGGUUUGAAACAUCAUAAACCAACAAAUAAAAAGCAUCAAAAACGAUUUUCCGGCAGCAGUAAAAUAUGUCUUUAUCCCGAGGAGAAUUCCCUUUACAGGAUUCACGGGGAUCGGUGUACUGCGCGAGUGAACCGGACCCAAUUGGUCGAAUCCAGUACGAGUCGGGAAGGCUCGUUCAAUCUAAUGCCACCCUCGGUCAUCAAAGGCAACUCGACAGCCGCUCAGCCAUUGACGGCAAUUCCACCGAAAUUAUUGAAGUCAUCUGUGAACCGCAGUAUAAGCGAGAAAGUGAAGCGGGUGAAUUGCCCAUUGUGGCCUGUUCCCAGCCACCGGCACCAUCGUUACUCACCGAAUGCCAGCAAUCGAGUGGUUCCCUCUUCUCAAUUGUCUCAGCACCGCCGGUGCCGUUGGCUGACCUUGAAAACAAACAAAUGGAUUCGCUCGGUGUCGGAUUGCAACCGAGCUUUGGCCUGCAAAUGGGAGGUAGUGCCCAGAAUCCCUUCAUUUCAACGCACUCGACGGUAUCGAUUGGCGACGUUGCCGCAUCGGCUCCCGGCUCAGCGACCUCAACAAUACCCCGGCGUCCGGCAUCGUUGCCCAUUGAGACACCCUACUGUCCGGCACCGGCCAGCCGAACCCUUCAUGCCAGUUUGUUGGAGCAUCAGAUAUCGGAAAUUGAGGAGGACGACAAUGAAAACCUGUUAACGGUAUCAAGCAUAACAGCACGGCCGUUAAUAGCCAAAUCCCGGGAAAUUCGAUCGCACCGCAAUGGCUGCGAUGGCGGCACGGAUAAACGCGGCAAGCGUGGCGGCAAGUCGAAGAGUGGUGGGGGUGUACAGAAGGCACCCAGUGGCAUUUCCAGCAUCUCGAGUGCCCGGGAUCGUGUCAGCUCCGGUCACCCACCGUCAUCACGUUCCUCGGUUAGCACAGAUCCGCCGGACGGUGGUUAUGGUUGGUUCAUUGUCUUCGGGGCAUUUUCGGUGCAAUUUUGGGUGGCGGGUCUGGUCAAGUCCUAUGGAGUGUUGUAUGUGGAAAUCAUGGAGACAUUUCCCAGUUCUACAGCCACGGUGGCCUCAUGGAUACCGGCCAUCCUGUCGGCCUUGUGUUUGGCUUUGGCUCCCGUUUCGAGUGCAUUGUGUCAGAGAUUUUCGUGUCGUACGGUGGUGUUUGUGGGCGGUCUUUUCUGUGCCCUGGGCAUGACACUGAGUUACUUUGCCACCAGCUUGGUCCAUCUACUCUUUACGUUCGGCAUCUUGACAGGUAUUGGUGGUGGCCUAUCGACAACACCGGGCAUUGUAAUUGUCUCACAAUAUUUCGAUAAACACCGGGCCUUGGCGAAUGGCAUCUGUGUUUCGGGUACCGCAACUGGAAGUUUUAUAUUGCCGGUGCUAAUCAAACAUUUGGCUGAGAAUUUUGGAUUUCAUGGCACCAUUUUAAUCUUGGGAUUCUGCAUGUUCGAUGUAUGUCUAUCGGCUUUGCUGUAUCGACCACUCGAAUCUAUGCAAAACGAUGAGAAAAUAACGGAAGAGGAAGAUGCCACCAAGCCGUUGAAUGAUAUAAAUCCUAGCAACAUUGAUAUGUUGACCAACUCCACAUAUUUGGAUACCUGCGAUGAUGGCCUGAAUACGAAAUUUAUUGAACACCUUUUUAUGGAAGAAUCGAAAAAUCGUCUCAACGAUUAUUACAAUAAUCGAUAUAACGCUUCUGAAAAAUCUGUUCCUAAUUGUGCCCAAGAGAGCGACGAUGAAAUCAAGGACAUCAUUGGCGAAACUACAUUCAUCAAGCCCAUGAAAAAGGUACGCAGUUCGGGCAUAAUGCAUUCCGUUGAAGAUCUAAGCACCACCUCGACCUGGGUGUAUCGUAAAAAUUCCGGCACCGAAUCAAAUCGAGCUUCGCGACGUCGUCGUCCCAAUGUCUUUGCCAAUGAUGAGAUUAUUUCCAAGAUACAGGCCCAUUUGGAGAAGCCUCUAUCACCGCCUACGGUUGUGACGCGUGGCUUGAGCAAGAGCAUGGAAAUACCCACACCCAUCAGCAGUAUGAGCGAACAAAAGUCAUCGGAAAAUCCCCAACAGAAUGGCAGCAUUAUUGGCAUCAAUUCUCUCGAAGAGGAAGAAGUCGACGACGAUGUUCCUUUGACGUGCUACGAGCGCAUAGAAAUCUAUUUGGAUAUAAGUUUAUUAAAGGAUCCGACAUUUAUAUUAAUGUGUCUAUCGGUGACCCUAAUGUCGGUGGGUUGUCCCUAUAUGUUGUAUUAUUUACCGGCCCAUGUUAUAUCGAUUGGUUACAAUAAAAGUGAAGCUGGUUAUUUGGUAACGGUAAGCGCUGUCUUGGAUUUGGUGGGACGUUUGGGUCUGGGUUGGCUAUCCGAUUUGCAGUUAUUUGAUCGCAGGAAGAUCUAUAUUGUGUGUAUCUUCGGUGCUGGUCUCUCCGUACUCACCAUACCCUCAGAGUACACCAUCUAUUUGGUUGGCCUGUCUGCGGCAAUUUACGGCUUUUGUUUGGGCAGUUGGUAUGUCCUGAUGCCUGUCUUGUUGGCCGAUAUCUUUGGUACGGAUCGCAUUAGUUCCAGUUAUGGUCUCGUCCGGAUGUUUCAAUCGAUUGGCGCCAUAUCGGUUCCACCGUUGGCUGGAUUUUUACGUGAUCUCUCGGGUAGUUAUGUUAUUGUUUUCUAUUGUAUGGGUUCCUGUAUGGUAUUAGGUUGUCUACCGUUGGUUGUGUGGGCCGUCUUGGAGUGUCGUGAACGUAAGCUGUAUCAGGCUAAUGAUAAUGAGGAUAACUCAUCUGUAUCGUAAACUAAAGGAGAACAUUAAAACUAUUUGUAUUUUUUAAGAAAAAGUAAACAACAACAAAAAACAAAACGAGACGGAAUAGAUGUCUUUGGUUUAGUGAGUAGUCAGGAUUUUUUACCCCGUAGA